CCGGUGCCGUCGCGCUGCCUGGGCGCUGCGGGGCUGCUGGGCUGGCUGCGCACCAUGGCACCGGGGCUGGGGCUCGGCUCCUUCCUCGUCGCGCUCGUCGCCUGUUUCGAUGGUCAGCGGGUCGCCGCGGCAGCCGGCGGCAGGAGGGGGGCAGCGACCGAGGCUUGCGGAGGGAGGGGGCUGUCAUCAGUCACCAAGAACAACGGACUACUCAAUAUCACCUUUAAAUAUGACAACUGCACGCCUUAUCUGAAUUCAGUGGGAAAACACGUGAUUGGAGAUGUGCAGAAUAUAACUAUCAGUCAGUAUGCAUGUUAUGAACAGGUUGCAGUGACGAUACUUUGGACAGCAAAUGCCGUCGGGAUUGAAUACCUGAAAGGAUUUCGAGUAAUACUUGAGGAGUUAAAAUCAGAGGGAAGACAAUGCCAGCAGAUGGUUUUAAAAGAUCCAAAGCAGCUCAGCCCCAGUUUUAAACGAACAGGAAUGGAAUCGCAGCCCUUUGUAAAUCUGAAGUUUGAAACAGAUUACUUUAUAAAGAUUGUUCCUUUUCCUUCCAUUAAAAAUGAAAGUAAUUAUCACCCAUUUUUCUUCCGAACUAGACCAUGUGAAUUGUUGCUGCAGCCAGAAAACCUUGUCUGCAAACCUUACUGGAAGCCAAGGAAUCUGAAUGUUACCCAGCAGGGUUUUAACAUGCAAGUGUCCUUUGAUCACGCACCUCACAACUUUGGGUUUAGAUAUUACUUUCUUCACUACAAACUUAAGCAUGAAGGGCCAUUUAAGCAAAAGACCUGCAAACAGGAGCAAAACACAGAUACUACAAGUUGUAUUCUUCAGAAUGUAUCUCCAGGGGAUUAUAUAAUUGAGCUGGUUGAUGACACUAAUACAACAAGAAAAACAAUGCACUAUGCGCUAAAACCAGUACAUUCUCCGUGGGCUGGACCAAUAAGAGCUAUUGCCAUUACAGUCCCUUUAGUUGUCAUUUCAGCAUUUGCAACGCUUUUCACAGUGAUGUGCCGCAAGAAACAGCAAGAAAACAUAUAUUCCCAUCUGGAUGAGGAGAGCUCAGAAUCUUCAGCAUAUGCUGCAGGUCUCCAUGUGGAAAGACUUCGUCCCCGGCCAAAAGUGUUCAUCUGCUAUUCCAGUAAAGAUUGCCAGAAACACAUUAACGUCAUCCAAUGCUUUGCUUACUUUCUUCAGGACUUUUGUGGCUGUGAGGUGGCUCUAGAUUUGUGGGAAGAUCUAAAAGUCUGUAAAGAAGGUCAGAAGGAGUGGCUUAUUAAAAAAAUAAAUGAGUCACAAUUUAUCAUCAUUGUGUGUUCUAAGGGAAUGAAAUACUUUGUUGAAAAAAAGAACUGGAAACACAGCGGGGUAACCAAAGAUGCAGGAAAAGGAGAACUCUUUCUGUUUGCUGUGUUGACUGUUGCAGAGAAGCUUCGUCAAGCAAAGCAGAAUUCAAAUGACCUCUGCAAGUUUAUUGCAGUCUACUUUGAUUACUCCUGUGAAGGAGACAUCCCUGGUAUUCUGGAUCUAAGUACAAAAUACAAACUCAUGGACAAUCUCCCUCAGCUGUAUUCACAUUUACACUCCAGAGAUCUUAGUGUACAGGAUGCAGAGGUGUUUCCUGUUAACAUCAGUAAAAGGAAUUAUUUCAGGAGCAAAUCUGGGAGAUCCCUUUAUGUUGCUAUUUGCAAUAUGCAUCAGUUCAUCGAUCAGGAGCCAGAUUGGUUUGAGAAACAAUUUAUUUCUUUCCCUCCACCUUCUUUACAUUACUCAGAGCCUGUCAUGGAAAAAUUUGAUUCGGGCUUGGUUUUAAAUGACUUAGUCAAUAAACAGGUGAUGGAUGGUGAUUUUUACCUGAAAACAGAUGUAAAUAAUAUUUCAGCAGGGAAUUCAGACUCUCACUGUAUAAUUCAGCACUUAAACCUUGGAGAAGAUGUAGCAGCUCAGGACAUUCAAGGUGGUAGCAGCUCUGUUCUUCAGCCAUUGUUACAUGUUGUUAAAGCUUCAAAUCUUAAAGAUAUGCCUCGAGAUUCUGGAAUCUAUGAUUCAUCUGUUCCUUCAUCUGAAUUAUCUUUACCUUUAAUGGAAGGACUAUUGACAGACCAAAUUGAAACAUCUUCUAUUACAGAAAGUGUUUCUUCAUCAUCAGGUUUAGGGGAAGAAGAACCUCCUGUAAUCACUGCUACAAAAUUCUUAGUGCCUGGAAUAUGUAAAGCAGAACUUCAUUGCCAUAUCCAUACUGAUGAACUGCAGGCAAUUGCUCCUUUAUAAUACGUUACAACACUGUUGUGCAUUGCCACUUUAUCAACAGCCUCUGUUUGUGCUUUAACUACCAUGCUGUCUCAGCACUAAAUCUACUUGAAGGAACAUACUCCCUGAAGAAGAUCUGUUAUUCCUAAGGGAUUUUUUUUAUGUCCAGUAAACUUGAAUUUGUUGGUCUUUAUAUAUAGUCUUUCAUUAUUUGAAAAAUACAAUAUGGAAAAAUAGAUGGGAAUACAUUUCCUAUUACCAAUUAAAUGUCAUAAUAUUUCACUGUUUACAGAUGCAAUAAUCAAAAAUUACUUUUUUU